GACACUUUUGUCUGAAAUGUGAUGAAACGCGUGAAUUAAAAAUUACACAAAACUGGUUAAAAGACUUGUCGAUUUUACGAAAUAACGAUGAAACUAAUAAAAUUUUGCGAGUAGAUAUAAUUAAAUAAAUUGGUGAUAUUAUUACUAUGAAUAAAACCUGUAUAUAGCACGUUAAAACCGAGCCCUGGGAGUUAUUAAAUCAUUGACAUUGCAGUGUUAUUAAAAUGUGCAUGAUGGAUUCAUUUUACGAUUAGAAUGGAUAUCUCCUCAAAUAUUUAAUAAACGACAGUAUUAUCUUAGAAUGGCAGAAUCAUGUCCUCCAAAAAGAAAUAAUUUGUCAUUAGUUGGAGUUGAUUUCAAACAGGAGUGUACAAGUCCAAGUCCUACUGAAACUGUUUGUUUGGAAAAUUUAAGUAUUGAUAGCGUACCAGGCCCUUCCCAAUUACUAGAUGCAAGUGGGGAUGACUUAACAAAUUUAGAUAGUAACGAUAAGAUUGAAACGAAAUCGGAGUUCUUAAGUGAAUUAGGCUUAGAGGAGUGUGAUGGUGAUUGUGAAGAGCAUUCUUGGAACAAUAUUUUUCAGGAAGAAAUCGAUAAUGCAGUUAGAAGUAUUAUAGAUGAAGACUGUAAUGGAAUUAAUAGCGUCGAAACUCCUUAUUCAAUGUGCCCUGCAACACCAAAAAGUACAUUGAAGGCGGCAUAUGAUCGAAGGAGAAAACGAAAAUUGGACCUUCAAAAUGGGCAUCCGUGCAAAAAAAUGUUACCAGAUAAAAAGGCCACAGAGUUAUCUAAUAAAGCGCAAAGUGAAAUUCAAAACGUCGUCGUACCCUCGCCGCCAAUUCAGUCAGAAAUCCCCUCCAGUAAUAAUCAGUCGGUCGUCACUACACCUGUUGGCGAUAAGAUGAAAACUAUUAGAGCUGUUAUUCCGACAAAGGACAAUCCGCCCCCAGAAUUAGGAGAGUGGAUCACGCAGUUUCAGAGAUGGUCUAACGCAGAAAGAUUGUUAGCAAUAGACGAGCUGAUCACUCGCUGCGAGCCCACGCAAGUGAGGCACAUGAUGCAAGUGAUCGAGCCCCAGUUUCAGCGUGAUUUUAUCUCGCUAUUGCCUCGAGAGCUGGCACUGUCUGUUUUGCGGCUGCUUGAACCUGCCGAUCUUUUGCGUGCUGCUCAAACGUGUCGUAGCUGGCGCUUUCUUGCUGACGACAACCUCUUAUGGAAAGAAAAGUGCAAGCAGGUCGGCAUCGAAGACAUACCCAAACGUAAGAUGUCGCCCCGUUGUCCCAAUAGUCAUACUUCGCCCUGGAAAGCAGCUUAUAUGAGACACCACGCGAUUGAAAUGAACUGGCGUAGUAGACCCAUCAAACCCCCGAAAAUGCUCAAGGGCCAUGACGAUCACGUGAUUACGUGCCUUCAGUUUUGCGGAAACCACAUCGUUAGUGGAUCUGAUGACAAUACAUUGAAAGUUUGGUCCGCGACAACAGGAAAGUGUUUGCGAACCUUGGUUGGACACACAGGGGGCGUGUGGUCUUCCCAGAUGUCCGGCAGCAUAAUAAUAAGCGGCAGUACUGACCGUACUUUGAAAGUAUGGGACGCUGAGACGGGAGUUUGCAUUCACACCCUGUACGGACACACAUCCACUGUGCGUUGCAUGCACCUUCACAAAGAUAAGUAAGUCAUAGUUUAUUUAUUAUACGUUUUAAUUUUUGCAUUGAAACAAAAUUUUCUAUACAUAAUUGGACAGGUUAAAGUUUUCGUUCCAACAUAGAAAGGGUCUACUACUUACUAUACCACUGCCAUCAAUUGAAGGCAAAAACAAUAUGCAAUAUAAGCAAAGGGUAUUCAGCUUUUUCUGUGGUUUCCCCUAAUUAGUUAAUUAAAUGCUGCGGCAGCAUUAUUACACAGAUAAUCUUUAAUUUCCCUCCCACCCUUCCCCUCUGGCCUUGCAUUA